GUUUGAAAAUUUAUGACUGAAGGACAAAGAAGGUAAUUGCAUAAUAAAUAUGUUGGUAAGUCAUUUUAAUUAAUAAAUAAAUCGAUAAUUCAUUAUUGUGUUUUAGUACUAAACAUGUAUUCAACAGAGAGAAAAGAGGUUUGCUUCAACUGUCUUUUACAACCUUGCUUAAAUUUUGCAAUAAUUUUUGGUAUAGAACCACUGAUUCCUUGUAACUGUCAAGUGAGACAACCUUCGACGUACUUUCAUAAAGUUAUAAAGAAAUACUACAUUAAAACAAUUGAAAUACUUUCAUGGGAACAUUUUGUGUUGGCGAUAUUGGAGCUUAUACCAACUCAUAUUUUUAAAUGCCCCUGUGAAUCUGUAUUUUCUGUAAUCAGUAUUGGAGCAACAGAAUUUAAAAUUGGAGGCUUAAUUUUAUCAUUCGUUAGCUCAACGAUACUCACGUUUUUUAAACAUAACAAGACUAAUGUAGAUGUAAAAUUGAGGCAUCCGAUUUUUCAGAAUGAAAAGGCAUUCUACACAAUUAAUAAUUUAUCAUUAUUGAUAUCUGUAAUAGUAAUUUUCUUGAUCUCUUCGAUGGCAAUAGUAAAUUCGUUUAUCUUGUAUCCUGCUUGGCGUAUGGGAGCAACAUUUGCAAGUGAAGCUUUCAUUUGUUGCAUAGAAUUUGGAAUAUGGGUCAGUUACCUUAUCGGUGGAAUUGCUAUUUUUUUAAUACUAGCAGGAAUAAUUGGAUUUGUAAUCAUAAAGGAAUUUCAACAGCUGUCCUCAGAACUCGCAUUGUUAAGAAGAAACCAGAAUAACCUUCAAGUUCUAUUAGAAGAAACCAUAGCCCGUCAAGACGAUUUAUGGCGUAACGUAUCACAAAUGAACAAUAAAUUCAAUUAUGUAUUAGUUAUAAUUCAUACCAGUGUCACAUUCGGAACCAGUUUCAGCUAUUACAUGUAUCUGUAUAUAGAUAUGGAUAAAUCUGUCAAAUACAUAAUGUUUGGCUUAGUUAUUAUAUCAACUUUUGUUUGUAUCAUUUACGGAUUUCUUCUCUGUUAUGCCGCUUUUUCGAUACAGAAUACCUUUCAAGAUAUUCGUGGGGUUGCAGCGAGCAAGCUUUCUGUACAAUUUCAGUUAAAAGUCCUGGAUUUCAUGAAACGUUUUGGAAAGUGCUCAUUGGCUAUAUCAAUAGGAGGUUGUUUCAAUAUCACUAAGAACUUUCCCCUGAAGCUGGCAAAAUCCUUGCACUCAGUUUUUUCAAGUUUGUUAAAACUGAGAGAUGUUUCUUAUCAAAGCAGAAAUCAUGAUGAAAUUUUAACUUGCAAUAAUACUUAUUCAUAAAAAUCCAAUCGUGAUACAAUAUCGAAAUUGUCUGAUAUAAUUUAGUGCAAGUUUGUAUGUAACCGAGUAAAAUACAAUGUGACUAAAAAUUCGCUAAUCACUGUACUUAUUGUUUUAGAUGCAAUAAUGACUAAAAGUAUUCAAGUUGAUUCCUGCAUAACGAGUGGAGUUUGUUUUGUUGGGGGUGUAAUCAGGAAGGAAGUAAUUCUAACAUCUCCAGUUAGACUUCACGGAAAAUUAAAUGAAGCUGUUAGCAAUUUCCUAGCGGAAUUUAAGAAUACAUUUAUUAACCUGGAUAACAAGCUUCACUCGUUGUUUGGGGUCAGCAUGAUUAUUUCCUGUCAUUAUUGCAUGUGAAAUAAUGACACUGAUUACCCCAUUUGGCAAGCGACAUUUUGGCCACAGUCUGUAGGCUUCAUCACGCUUACACAUUUAGGAAUUUUUCCUUGCAACCAACAUUAUAAUCUUAAAUUGCAGCGCAAUUUUUUAAAAUAUUCUAGUAAAUUUUAAUAAAUGCAUGUUUAAUUAAGGUGAAAGUUUACUGAGAUACGAAGGUUUAAAGCAAUGGCUGACUUUAUUCCUUUGUAUAUACUAAACUAUCACUGUUCAUUUCGAAAGCAUGGGCAAUUUUUUAUAAAAC